UCCUCGUUACGAAACACUAGUAAAACUGCUGUCACGAGUUGUCGAUUGUUAGCGAUCGGUGUCGUCGCGAUGCAGAGUAAGUAAUCAUAGCAUGUGACAUAAACUGUCAUUGUUUCAUGCACGAAGCAAUUCAAUCCCCUGAGUGGACUCAUUUAAGGGUGACUGAUCUGGAUCGUGUGUUGGAGGCGUACUUGUUUACACGACAGGCACUGAGGCUAGGUCACGACAGUGGCUUUAAAUUCGUUUUCCACAAAGUGCACGGUUGAAAGAGCAUUGAUUCUCAGCUUUCGUUUCGCCGGAUCGUCGUCGUGCAUUGUUGACAAUGUCGUUCCUCAGAAGUCUCUUUGUGGUUGGAGUCGUCGUUGUUACAUGUUGGUCAGUGUCAGCACAGUAUGUGGUGGAGAUGGCAAAAGAUUUUGAAGAAAACAUGAUAUCAUCCCAAGAGCAGCAGAGAGCAGCGUCCCGACUUCCAGGCCUUACCAAGUCCUUUGCCUUCGCCUCCUACUACUCCAGCCACAUGGUUCUUCAGAAAGCGCCAAAGAGAGCGACUAUCUGGGGUUACGCCCCCAACAUCGGUGAGAAAAUCAUCAUCAAAGUCAGCGAGAGAGGGACAUACACAACCAAGGUGUACCUGGACCAACUCUACAACUAUGGGGUGUGGAAACUAAAACUCCCUGCAGAGUCAAGUGCUGGACCCUUCACGAUCACUGCCAUAUCCAGCGAGAAGACGAUCACACUGACUGACGUGAUGUUUGGAGAUGUUUGGGUGUGCUCAGGGCAGUCCAACAUGCAGUUUACUAUGAUCCAGGGCUUCAAUGCUAGUGAGGAACUGGCCGAUGCUGGCAACUACCCCAACAUCCGGCUGUUCACUGUCGCCGAUGUCCCAGCUUCCUUCCCCAUUCCAGACCUCCAUGGCAUCUGGGAACAGUGGGCGGUCGCUAGCAAAACAUCAGUUGGUGGGAAGCCUUGGAAGUACUUCUCUGCUGUGUGCUGGCUGUUUGGUAAAACCCUGUACAAGAAGCUGGGCUACCCCAUCGGCCUGAUCGACACCACUUGGGGAGGGACACCGGUGGAGGCGUGGUCAUCUACCGAUGCUUUGGCCAAGUGUGGACUGGACGAAGAAACAUACGAAACUGAGGACCUUCCUUGGCUGAAUAUGGAAGUUGAUCCUGAAAAUCCUUUGGAUGGACCAGACUCAGCCUCCAAUCUCUGGAAUGGAAUGGUCUUCCCUCUCCUCAAUAUGACCAUAUAUGGAGCUAUCUGGUAUCAAGGUGAGGCCAACACGGUUACCAAUGUCCACAAGUACAACUGUACGUUCCCCAGCAUGAUAGAUGACUGGAGACAGAAGUUCCACAACGCAUCCGAUGGAGAAACUGAUCCUGUGUUUCCUUUUGGCUUUGUUCAGUUGGCUGCCUACAGACCUGACAGUGUGGACCCGGGGUUCUCUGAGAUCCGGUGGCACCAGACAGCUGACUACGGCUAUGUGCCCAACCCCAGGAUGAAGAAUGUCUUCAUGUCUGUUGCCAUGGAUCUCCCAGACUUUGCCUCUCCCUAUGGCAGCAUCCACCCCCGAGACAAACAGGAUGUUGUUGCCAGGCUGGCCAUCAGUGGGAUGAGUAUCGCCUACAACCAGCAAGAGGAGGUAACUCAGGGGCCGCUACCAGCACAUAUACAAGAAGGCACGACAAACCUCACCCUGAUGUACACAGAGAAGAUCAAGUACAACAACCUGGUUGGGUUUGAAGUUCUCUGCACUGUAAACAACUCCAGCAUUACAUUCUGGACCCCCACCCCCAUCUUGUCUGGCCUCUCUACUAGCAUCACACUGUUCUCCCUGGUGUGUGGGGAGGGGCAGAAUAUCCUGGGGCUCAGAUACAGCUGGAGUGAGUCCCCCUGUGCCUUCAAGACCUGUACGGUGUACUCGGCUGAAAACCCUCUCCUCCCUGGACCUCCCUUCCUGGUGUACCGGGAGAUGACCGGAGUGGCCGGGACAGUUCAUGUCAUAGACUGGAACACACCGACUGUCAUUCACUAAACAGUCUCCCUUCCUGGUGUACCGGGAGAUGACCGGAGUGGCCGGGACAGUUCAUGUCAUAGACUGGAACACACCAUCUGUCAUUCACUAAACAGUCUCCCUUCCUGGUGUACCGGGAGAUGACCGGAGUGGCCGGGACAGUUCAUGUCAUAGACUGGAACACACCGACUGCCAUUCACAAUUAAAGAAUUAUGAAGACAGACAUAUACAAACAAACAGAUCGACACACAGACACACAAAUUUUGUAUAAUGCACAGUGCACAUUUGGUGAUGUACAGUAUAAUGUACACCGUAUCAUGGUGUACAGUGUGCCAAGGGUAUCUUGUAUAAUGUAUCUUGUACCAUGGGUAUCUUGUAUAAUGUAUCCUGUACCAUGGGUAUCUUGUAUAAUGUAUCCUGUGCCAUGGGUAUCUUGUAUAAUGUAUCCUGUACCAUGGGUAUCUUGUAUAAUGUAUCCUGUACCAUGCAUAAUGUAUCUUGUAUAAUGUAUCCUGUAUCAUGGGUAUCUUGUAUAAUGUAUCCUGUAUCAUGGGUAUCUUGUAUACUGUAACCUGGGUAUCUUGUAUAAUAUAUCCUGUAUCAUGAACAAAGAAGGCAUAUACAUAUGUGGUGAAUCUUCACAAGUGAGAUGUACAUAAUUGGAGGAUAAGAUGUGUAUGUUGAAAAAAGCUGAAUAUCUUUGUUAUAUUUCUCAUUGUAGUUUGUGCACUGGUAUUCACAUAUCACUUGAACUUAUAGUGCAUAAUGGUUCAAGCUGAAGAAUAGGGCUUGUGCAUGACAGUAAGAAACCCUGUUUCCAGUUAUCAAUUUUAUAAUGUUAGCUCCUCUCUACAAGAUAUCCGAAUGUGUAGAUUGGUUGGUGGUUGGUUGUUUAACACUGCACUCAGCAAUAUUACAGCUAUAUGGCGGCGGUCUGUAAACAAUUAAGUGUGGACCAGACAAUCCAGUGAUCAACAGUAUGAGCAACGAUCUACAAAAUUAGGAUACAAUGACAUUUGUCGACCAAGUCAGCAAGCCUGACCACCUGAUUCCGUUAGUCGCCUCUUACGACAAGCAUGGGUUUCUGAAGACCAAUUCUAACCUGGAUCUUCACGGGUCCCAAAUAUGUAGAGGGCAGUUGGGUAGUUCAGUGGUUGAAACCUUCAUUCGUCUCACAGAAUUCCUAGGUUUGAUUCCCAGUAUUGGUAUUGGGUGUCAAGCCCAUUUUUUGAUGUGAUACUGCUUGAAUGUUGCUCCAAGUAAUAUAUAAUCUCAGGUUUUUGCAAUGAUUUUUACAUCAUAUAUAUAUAUAUAGAUGGGACAGAUUUUCAUGAACAUUCCAGAUAGUUAUUUUCUUAUUGAUGUUUACAUAUUACAUAUUGUUUAUCAAUGUGUGUGUGUUCCUGCUUUUCCCUUUUAAACGGUACUGACAGCUGGAUGUAUUUUGUCUUAUUGUGUACUAUUGUGUAUAACUUUGUCUCAUUUGUCUCAAAUUCCUGUGAUCACAACAAACAAAACAUUUUAGUCAUGAUGCCCACCACAUUUUGAUUCUCUUUCAAUUUCAUCAGAGAUGCAGGAUUAUAUCCUACCUCAUGACUAGGCAUAAAAACAGCUUGUUUGCAGGCUUGCAUUUAAAUGGAGGUUUCAUGAACUUGACCUAAUCACACCAUUGACAGAUUUUUGUACUUCAGCAGAAUUGAAAGGUAAAUAUUUUCCCAUGCCAUUUCACAUUUGGAUGAGUUGUUUUCAUUUACUUGGGUAGUAUUUUGUUUUCAUUUUUAAAUAGUUUUUUUAGGGUUAACUUGCUCUUUUUGGGGCAGAAAUUUGAUAUGUAUUUAUAUAAAUUAACAAAAGUUUGAGCACAAAUUGAAAUUGUUUUGACAUUACACCUUGCGUGUACUACCCGUCAACAUUGUGCAUGUCAGUGUGUUUUGUAUUGGGUGUAGAUGUGUGAACAAAGGUGAUCUAAUCUGAUAAUAGACAGUAGUGCCUGCAGUUGUAUGUGGUUUUCAUGUGAUCACUCAUCUAUAUAGUGCCUUACAUGUUACAGACAUCUGUGGAGGGUGUUUUAAUGAUGUGUACCUGAAGCAAAAUGCUUAUACUUAUACAAAAUGCUUAUACUUAUACAAAAUACUUAUACUUAUACAAAAUGCUUAUACACCUUGUGCCCAUCAAAGGAAACUAUUACACUGUUAUGAAAUUACA